GAGUCUCAGUGCAAUUCGGGACUGGGCGAAGUGCGUACGCUGUUAACGGUUGUUUUUGGUUAAUGUUGCUUCGUUUUAUUUUUUUUGGCGCACUCAGCUCGGCUCGUGGAAUCGAAUUUGGUAUCGGCAUCGGUGCGGGUGACGCGUGUCGUGUCUCGAUUUUUAGCUUUUGAAAGAAUUGCCCAAGCAGCUGCACAGAACGCAACUUUCUAUUUGUCGUUUCGUUUUCGUUAAAGUACAAAAACUGAUAUCGCUUGGAAUUGAAAUCUAUGAAGUGCCAAAUUAUAUGGAAUAUUACAUGCAUGCAAAAUAAAAGCCUAUUCAUUGCACUGCGUUGAACUUUUCUAUAUUGCAUUCUCGCAGUCGCUGUCUCGCUCUCUUUUCCCCUUCGCUGUGUGUUGUUUCUUCGUCAGCGACGCACCGUUUUCGUAGUUGUUGUUGUUGUUAGCGGCAUUUUGUGUAAACUCUUGUUGUUGUUUUUUUUUUUGUGUUCAUUUGUUUUGCUUUCGAUUUUCAACCGGUAAAGAAUAAAGGGAAUAUCAACAUGGAAACGACGGAUAACUACAGAUUCGGCACAGUAGACUAUAUCGUAUUUCUGGGCAUGAUUGUGCUGUCCACUGGAACGGGCAUUUAUUUCGGCUGCUACAAAAAAUCGAAGAAAACUAUUGAGGAAGUGGAGCCUAGUUUGCCGGACAGCGUUGACAAGCCGCGUAAACAGGACUUUGGCUCGGCUAAGAUGAGCGAAUAUUUGCUCGGAUCGCGCCAAUUGAAAGUUUUUCCUGUUGCCAUGAGUCUAAUAGCCAGCUAUGUAUCGGGCGUCACAAUACUGGGCACCACGUCGGAGAUAUAUAAUUAUGGCACACAAUACUGGUUUAUAGCAAUAGCCAUUCUGUUACAAGGCAUAGCUGUCGCCUACAUAUAUAUACCAGUUUUUACGGUACUGCAAGUCGGCUCGUCCUAUGAGUACUUGGAAAUGCGCUUCCAUUCGGUGAUACGCAGCAUAGCUUCAUUUAUGUUCAUUCUGGACGAGAUACUCUUUCUGCCUUUCAUUGUAUAUGUGCCCGCUAUUGCAUUGAAUCAAGUCUCCGGCAUCAAUUUGCAUGUGAUAUCAUCGGUGAUUGUCAUCGUGUGCGUCUUCUAUACCUUUGUGGGAGGCAUCAAGGCCGUCGUCCACACGGAUGCCUGGCAGACGCUGGUCAUGUUCCUCUCGGUGCUCGCUGUGGCUAUCCUGGGCACGUUUUACGCCAACGGAAUGGAAAAGUUGUUCGACGAUGCCGCCAAGGGUGAACGCCUAGUCUUCACCAAUAUCAAUCCAUCGCCCUAUGUCCGCCACACGGUGUGGAGCGUGCUCAUUGGCGGUUUCUCGUAUUGGACCUCCUUCAAUGCGGUCAACCAGACCAUGGUGCAGCGCUAUAUGUCGCUGCCGUCGCUGAAGCAGGCGCGCGCCUCGAUGGCCAUAUUCACGAUUGGCGUGGCUGCCUUCGUCUCCGUUUGCUGCUACGUGGGUCUGCUGAUCUUCGAGAAGUAUCAGGACUGCGAUCCGCUCACUGCAGGCCUCAUCACGCACGACGAUCAGCUGCUGCCGCUGUACGUGGUGCAGAGUGUGGGGCAUCUCUCUGGCAUGGCUGGUCUCUUCAUUGCGGGCAUCUUUGGCGCCGCCUUGAGCUCACUGUCUGUGGUGCUCAACUCCACGUCGCUGGUCAUAUUGGAGGACAUUGUGCGGGGCUGCUUCAAGAUUCAGCCCAGUGAACGCGCCUCCACGAUCUUGGUCAAGGGCAGCAUUCUAGUGCUGGGCGUGAUUGCGCUGUCCCUGGUUCUAGUGCUGGAGCACUUGAGUGGCGUCUUGAGCAUCUGCACCUCCAUGACGGCCAUUGCGGCGGGCACCACCUUUGGCCUCUUCACCCUGGGCAUGCUCGUGCCGUGGGCGAACAACGUGGGCACAGCGGUUGGAGGCAUCGUGGGCGCUUUGCUGGCCGGCUGGAUAUCCUUUGGCACCCAGUUCACCAUUGCAGCGGGUCAGCUCAACUCGCAGAAGCUCAACGUGUCCGUGGCGCAGUGUACGACGAAUGUAACGCUGCCGGAACAUAACUGGGUGAAUGAGGAGGAUGUGUUUCCACUCUAUCGUCUCUCGUAUCACUGGAUCAACCCAAUCGGCGUGGCCACAGUCAUUGUAGUCGGCUCCAUUGUCUCGCUGCUGACGAAGCCCACGGACGUGAAGACGCUCGACGCGGACCUCAUAUCGCCAGUCCUCCAUCGAUUCCUGCCCAAGGAGUGUUUCGUCAGCCGCCAGCAGCAGCAGACGAAUCUGCUGAAUCGCACAUGAAUACAAAGCAGAACCAGGUGCCUAAGCCAACUUAAGUUAACUACAAAACGAAUUCCUAAACCAACGGGAGUCGCAGCUUCCACUACAUUCUAUAAGUUAAUUUAACUUGAGCCUAAUCUUAGUUUAGUAAGUAGUACAAAUCUGCAGAAGGGCGCACACACACUUAUAUAUGUAUACAUACACACACAC